GGGGCGGGGCGGGGCCUGGCCAGCGGGGUUCGUGGCGGGAGAUUGCCUGGGAGCCAACUCGGUUUGCCAUCUUGGGAUCCCAUGGCUGUCCUUACUGGGCUCUGGGGCCCCUUUGCCAGUGUCAGCAGAGCCUUCGGCCCUCGCUGCUUCAGCACCUCUGGGAGCCUCGAUGCAAUCCAGAAGAUGACUCGGGUGCGUGUAGUGGAUAAUAGUGCCCUGGGGAACACCCCAUACCAUCGGCCUCCUCGAUGCAUCCAUGUCUAUAACAAGAGUGGAGUGGGCAAGGUAGGCGACCAGAUUCUGCUGGCCAUCAGAGGACAGAAGAAGAAAGCUCUCAUUGUGGGACAUCGCAUGCCUGGCUCCCGAAUGACCCCAAAGUUUGACUCCAACAACGUGGUCCUCAUUGAGGACAAUGGGAACCCGGUGGGGACUCGAAUUAAAACACCUAUCCCAACCAGCCUUCGUAGGAAGGAAGGCGAGUAUUCCAAGGUGUUGGCCAUAGCGCAGAACUUCGUGUGAGCAGAGCAGCUCAGAGCUGUGCCGCCAUUUCCUUCACACUGGUGACAGUGUCCUGGAGCAGAAUAAAUGUUUUAAUGUGUGUUU